GGCCCGAGCGGCGUCUGGUUCGGGCGCCGGGCGGCGGGAGGCGGGAGGAGGGCGGCCGCCAUGGGCAAGCGGGUGGCCCUGGUUCUCGCCGGCUGCGGCGUCUUCGAUGGCAGCGAGAUUCACGAGGCCUCGGCGGCGCUGGUGCACCUGAGCCGCGGCGGCGCGGAGGUGAAGAUAUUUGCCCCCAAUAUUGAGCAAAGAGAUGUAGUCAAUCACCUGAAAGGAAGUCCAGCAGAAGAGAAGAGAAAUGUGUUAGUUGAAAGUGCCAGAUUGGCAAGAGGAAACAUUCAAGAUUUGGCUGAACUGAAAGCUAGUGAAUUCGAUGCAGUCAUUUUCCCUGGUGGUUUUGGUGUAGCAAAGAACCUGUGCUCCUGGGCUGUAGAUGGCAAGAAUUGUACUGUCAACGAGCACGUGAACGCCACACUCCAAGCUUUCCACAGUGCAAAAAAGCCCAUUGGUUUGUGCUGUAUAUCACCAGUCCUGGCAGCUAAAGUCUUUCCUGGCUGUGAGGUCACUGUUGGUCAAGAUAAAAAUGUAGAUGGAAGAUUUCCGGAUGCUGAAACAGCAGCUGCUAUAGCAGAGCUUGGAUGCAAGCACAUUUGCAAAAAUGUAAAUGAAUCCCAUGUGGAUAAAUCCAAUAAAAUAGUUACUACCUGUGCUUUCAUGUGCAAAGCUCCUCUGCAUGAAAUCUUUGAUGGAAUUGGAUCUAUGGUACAAGAAGUCCUGAAACUUGCUUGACUGGAAGCAUACAGACUUCUGCGAGGGAAAUCGGUUAAGCUAAGCAUAAGCUUUUAGCUUUCUUUGAUUGUAUUAAUAAAAUCAUGCAACUAUUAAACUUCA